ACAAAACCGAACAUCAACAACACAACACAAAGACGUUGAUCGUCGUCUAACUUGGCGACUCGUACGAUAAAGUGGUGAACUGUGGCCGACGGCGACAAUUAACGUUCCUCGUGCGAUUCGCGAUCGCAGUCUCCCCCGAUCCUUUGUGCGGAUGAGCGCAAACAGUGCGCGAUCGGCCGUUGUUCUGUCGAGAUCUCGCAUGUUAACACCCAGCCCGGAGGCCUGGGGGGUGGUGUUUGUUUGUCGCGUCUCGCUACUACUUUGCAGAAACGCAGAAAGGGUCUGUGUGAUAAGCCCAAGUGGGCUAAUGUGUGCUGUUAUCUCAGUUUUGCUUUUCGCAGUGAUCCCUCCCAAUGCCCCGACAGAGGGAAGCGGAGUAAAACGUAACGUGUAACGAGUUUGGUUGUUUUCUUUUUGCAGAAAUCAUGUAAAGUAGCCACGAGACAGAAAUAUAGAGCGAGAGAGAGAGAGAGAGAGACUGAGCAAGUGAGAGUGAGCUUUCGAGUGAAGUGUGAGAGUGUGUGAGAACGAGCAAGAUUACAACCCGAUUGCUCCAACUUAGUGAAAGAAACAUGCUACCCACAGUGCUGCCGAGGAAAGUUGCAUUUGCAGUACGGUUGUGAGCGUGAGUGUAUGUGUAUGCGUGUAUAUUUGCAAUUGCACGAAAGCUUGAGCCCUUUGAUAGCGACCGUAGUGUGCAGCACUUGUGGCGCGAAAUCAAAACCAAGGCAACCGUUGGGCGGCCCACGUUAGUACGCCAGUGGAAGUGUCACCCGCAAGUGCAGUACGACCAGCAGCAGCAGCAGCUGAUUGUUGCAUUCUCCAGCCCUUCUUUGUGUUUCGCUUUGUGUGCAGUUCACAACAAACUCUUCCCGUGCCGGAGCACAAAACCGGUCCUGGUGGUUCGGUCUCGGCAGCAGAAAGACAAAAAGGGAAUCUUUAAGGGUGGGCCGAUUAAGGGCUUGGGCCGGAUCGUGUUCGAAAGCGUGUGCGGAUUGCCCUUCGUCUGGGGUGUUGGGGCACGGAGGAGCACGGUGAAAGUGAAUGUUCUUAGUACCGAGUAGCUUUUUGGCGUGGUUGAAAUCAGCAAAGACUACCAUCAUGUCCAACGCGACGGGAUUUUUAGACGAAAUCGAGGAAAAUCUGCAGUACGUCGGCGGUACGGCGGGUGCGGUCGCGUUAACGACUGCCGUUGCCGCCGCAACCUACUACUACUCGACCAGACCCGUGCCGGAGAAACCGCUAGUGCCUCUAGAUAACCAAUGUCCAAUCGAAGCCGGCCCGGAACAGGUACACGUGUCAAAGUUCUACAAGGAGGCAAAGGAUGGCAAAUUUGUCAGCUGUCUCGAGGAGGACAUCCGAACGCUGUAUCAAUCAUUUCGCAAGGGUGCCUACACGUCGAACAACGGACCCUGCCUGGGAUGGCGAGAGAACCUACAGUCACCAUAUCAGUGGAUGAACUUCAAUGAGACGCUGCUGCGCGCAAAGAACUUCGGUUCCGGACUGAUCUCGCUAGGGUUGCGGCCAGGGCCGAGCACCUUCAUCGGCAUCUACUCACAGAACCGUCCGGAGUGGGUACUGUUCGAGCAGGGCUGCUACUGCUACUCGCUCGUCGUCGUACCGCUGUACGAUACGCUCGGGCCCGAUGCGUGCGCUUUUAUCGUCGACCAGACGGAGAUGCAGGUCGUCGUCGUGGAGGACGAUAAGAAGGUGAACCUGCUGCUAGACAAGGCACCGAGAUCGCUCCGCAAGAUCGUCGCAAUCAAGGAGGUGCGGCCGGCCACGCUGCAGCGGGCCAAGAACGUCGGCAUCGAUGUGCACACGUUCGAUGAGGUGGAAAAGCUGGGCGCCAUCAGUGACAACCCGGAGCUAGAGCCGAAACCGGACGAUCUGUGCACGGUUUGCUACACGUCCGGCACGACCGGCAACCCGAAGGGCGUAAUGCUGACGCACGCCAACGUCCUGGCCGGUGUGGCGGGCGUACUGCUGCAGCUCGGGCCGCAUCGGCCACGCGUUGGCGACAUUAUGGUUUCGUUCCUGCCCCUAGCGCACAUGCUGGAGCGCUGCUGUGAGAACGGCGUCUACUAUAUGGGCGGUGCGGUCGGUUUCUUCUCGGGCGACAUCAAGGAGCUAACGAACGACCUGAAAGCGCUGAAGCCCACGCUGAUGCCGGCCGUCCCCCGGCUGCUGAACCGCGUGUACGACAAAGUGUUUGCCGAGGUGCAGCGAUCGUCCGUCAAGAAGCUGCUGCUAAACAUGGCGCUCAGCUCGAAGGAGGCAGAGAUCAAGCGUGGCAUUGUGCGGAAGAACAGCAUCUGGGACAAGCUGGUGUUCCGAAAAAUUCAGGAAGGUUUCGGCGGCCGACUGCGCCUGAUGGUGGUCGGUUCGGCCCCGCUGUCCGAGGCGGUACUGUCUUUCUCGCGGGCCGCCCUUGGCUGUCUGAUCUGCGAGGGCUACGGGCAGACGGAAUGUACCGCACCGAUUACGCUGACGGUGCAAGGUGACUUUGUGGCUGGGCACGUAGGGCCACCGGUCGCCUGCAAUGGUAUCAAGCUGGUGGACGUGCCCGAGAUGGAGUACUACGCGUCACAGCAGCAGGGUGAAAUUUGCGUCAAGGGAGCGAACGUUUUCAUUGGGUACCUAAAAGAUCCACAGCGUACGGCAGAAACGAUCGACAAGGACGGUUGGCAUCAUACGGGCGACAUAGGGCAGUGGCUACCGAACGGUACGCUCAAGGUGAUCGAUCGCAAGAAGCACAUCUUCAAGCUGAGCCAGGGCGAAUACAUCGUGCCGGAGAAGAUCGAGAACGCCUACAUCCGCAGCCAGUACGUGGAGCAGGUGUUCGUGCACGGCGAAAGCUUAAAGAGCUGCAUAGUGGCAAUCGUGGUCCCGGACGUGGAGGUCAUCAAGAGCUGGGCCCAGGAGAACAACAUUCCCGGCACGCUGAGCGUACUGUGCAACAACCCAGACGUGAAGCAGCUCAUCCUGAACGACAUGAUCCUGUGGGGCAAAGAGUUUGGACUGAAGUCUUUCGAACAGGUCAAAGACAUCUACCUGCAUCCGGAUCCAUUCUCCGUACAGAACGGUCUGCUAACGCCUACCUACAAAUCCCGGCGGCCCCAGAUCCGAAGUUACUUUGCGCCCCAGCUGGAUGACAUGUACAAACACCUUGACUGAGCAGGGACUGAGCUGCGGUAAAAACAAAAAAUCGAAGCAAACGGAAGGAAUUGGGGGAACAGCAGUGCAAUCCCGGAUACCGGUGUUCGCUACCACAGCAGUGCGGUGUAUCAUCCUGUUCCUUUUCCUUUCGCCCAGUCCAGCACACCAGGGUGCGCCCACUGGCGGUGGGUGGUGCUGCUGCUGCUGCUAGUAUUGAAUGUGUGCGUGUUAUACUUUUUUAUUACGAACGUCUACUUCUGUCGCCCGUCCGGAGUGGAGGCGAACUAAGGUGAAGAAAGCAAAAGUGUAGGGAACGUUUAAUUAUUCUAGUAAUUUGAGUAAAGAAUAUAAAUACGAAAACCCCAAGCCCGGAACUAUGAUAUACACAUUUCGACUUUUGUUAUAUUUUGCCGCUGCAAUGAGAGAAAAUGUAAAAAAAAAAACAAAGUGCAAGCCGUUCGGAGAAGGUGCUAUAUCCGGCAUGUACAAUAAGCUACAAUAUUCUUCGUCUCGUUUAUUACCUUUCGCUCGCUCCCUCUCUCUCUCUCUCUCUCUCUCUCUCUCUAUCUCCUUCUCUGUCCCACACAAAAUUCGCAAACAGCACCGCGAGCGCGAACUCUCUUCGAAGCAAACACUUUACCAUAAAUAUUAGGAUGCACGAAAACGGUCGUUCGUCAUCACAUCCCAAAUCAUCGUUAUAAAAACCAGAAACACACACACACAAACAGUGAUCGCUAAACGCUUAAAUAGAACAGAAACCGAACAACCGCCUAGCUUGGAAGGGAGAGAAGAAGAGACACGUGACAAAGAGAAUAGCCACAAGGAUAGUUAUUGUUAUACUACAUUGGGACUCGAUUAAGCUGGUGCAAAUUUCGUCAAUUCUUCAGUGCAGUUCAGAGAGAGAUGGCGAGAAGGUUGUGCAUCCUCUGCAAGCCGUAGCUACAUUAGAGAGUUCUGUUUUUGUUGAGCUUUAUUUAAUUCAAUCGCAAACAGUUUAAUUCCAUUAUAUAAAGUAAAAAACCUCCUAUCCAGUGUGCGCUUGUCUUCGAACGCAACGCAAAUACGCUACAAUCGAUCAUUGUAAAUAACAACACGUUGCAGCGCGGUAUGAGGGUGUAGGAACAAGGGAGGGGACAAUGGGGAGGGAAAAGUAUACACGAAAAACCAAUGAUGGGAGGGAAAGGAACAAAACUGUUUAUGUGCGUUCGUUUGAUGAAACUCUAGUCAUGGUUUAGCAGCUCGUCAUAUAAUAACGACCGUUCGACAUUUCUUUAGGCCGUGUGUUUGCUAGUUUGCUUUAUUACUUAAGGUAUUUUCCCCCUUUUUGUUUGAACGUUAAUCCGCAGAGAGGUGUCUUGUUUUCUGAUUGUUUUUUUUCAGUCUUAUAUUUAAUUUAUUAUCCUGAGCAGGCAAUAAAGGUAUAGAUAAGUGACAAUAUAGUUACGUAGCUGUAUAAGAUUGAUACUAGGUUGUUUUUUCUUCAAAAUCAAAUUAUAAAAGGAACAUUUUUCCUUGUUUUUGUACCGAUUUCCGUUCACUUAUUUAGAAAUCGUACAGUUUUAUGAAGAGUAGUGUGAGCGCGUUGAUGGAUCAAAUCUAACUAAUGGGAAAGAAACUCGAAUAGAGCAAUUAGUAGGAAAAUGGAAGUGAGCAGGGACGGAAAUUGUAUCGCUACAUGUUUUGCGUAGUAAAAGAGCGGCAUAAAUUUUACCAUUUAAAAACCACACACACACACAUAUUAGGAAAUCAGGUCAGCUAGACAUGGGAAAAAGGAAGGAACGCACGAAAGCCUUGGCUGGAGGUUUUUGUCAGUAGUUGAAAUUGAUGGUGAAGUUUUAGCUGUAAGAAAACACACACACACACUGUAAGCAAAAUAAACGAUGUUAAACGUUUUUUCCGUAACAAAAAAUCAGUUUGCUGUUCGCUUUGGGAAUGAAAGUGUGAGUAAGAGAAGGAACAGUAUAAUAAUGUGUAGGAUGUUUGACAGCAAGUAAUAAGGCAUGUUAGUGAGAGCAAUGUUAGCAAUGGUACGCGCUAAAAGUUUGAAACUGGAGCGAAGGAAGGAAAGAAUGGACGGUUAAAAGAAUACUAAAACAAAACAAAAACACCUAGUAGUUGAACUAAUCACAGCAUACGAGAGGAAGGGUAAAACAAACAACACCUACACACAAAAGUACACAAAAAACGGAAAGUAAAGCUAAAAUAAUACGGGAAAUUUACAAACAAAAUGAUUUAAAGGCAAAAUAGCAAAGUAAAAAUCACUAAACUAUUGGGUGAAGAGAAGGCAAGAGGAAACAAAACCCAAAAACAACCCAUGAAAGGAAAAAUAACUACACACAAAGGAAACUUUUUACUACUGGGCGCCUAUACUUAGAUCAAAACUACAAUAAAAAUUAUUUAGUUAGUUGAAA